CGGCUAAAGCGGCGGGAAGUUCGGUCUGCGAAGGAUCCUUUCUCGUUGCGAUUUCAGGGAAAAUGCCUCGGAUUAAAACAUCACAACCUAGAAGAAGAGGUGCUGCACAGAGAAAGCUGGCAGAACAGUUUGCAGCAGGGGAAGUUUUAAUUGACCUGAGGAAACAAGAAUGGAAAGUAGGAGAACCCAUUGGCCAAGGUGGUUUUGGCUGCUUAUAUCUUGCUGAAACUAAUUCUUCAAGUUCGGUUGGUAUUGAUGCCCGUUGUGUUAUAAAAGUGGAACCAAGUGACAAUGGACCUCUUUUUACUGAAUUAAAGUUCUACCAGAGAGCUGCUAAACCAGAGCUAAUUAAAAAAUGGAUUCAUUCCCAUCAACUGAAGUACCUGGGUAUUCCUAAGUAUUGGGGUUCUGGACUACAUGAUAAAAAUGGAAACAGUUACAGGUUUAUGGUAAUGGAUCGUUUUGGGAGCGAUCUCCAAAAGUUGCAUGAAGCUAAUGCUAAAAAGUUUUCACGGAAAACUGUCUUGCAGCUAAGUUUAAGAAUACUGGAUAUUUUGGAAUAUAUCCAUGAGCAUGAAUAUGUACAUGGAGAUAUCAAGGCCUCAAAUCUUCUUCUGAGCUAUGAGGAUCCUGACCAGGUAUAUUUAGUAGAUUAUGGCCUUGCUUACCGAUAUUGUCCAGAAGGAAUUCAUAAAGAAUACAGAGAAGAUCCUAAAAGGUGUCAUGAUGGAACCAUUGAAUUUACAAGUAUUGAUGCACAUAAGGGUGUGGCACCAUCAAGACGGGGUGAUUUGGAAAUACUAGGUUACUGCAUGAUCCAUUGGCUCAGUGGCUAUCUCCCUUGGGAAGACAAUUUGAAGGAUCCUAAUUACGUCAGAGAUUCCAAAAUCAGCUACCGAGAAAAUAUUGCAAGUUUGAUGGACAAGUGUUUUCCUGAGAAAAAUAAGCCAGAUGAAAUUGCUAAAUAUCUCGAAGAAGUAAAAUUACUGGAAUAUACAGAAAAACCUCAUUAUCAGCGUUUACGAGAAAUUCUUUUGCAAGGUCUAAGGGCUACAGGAAGUAAUGAUGACGGCAAACUGGAUUUACUUAUCUUGCAAAAUGGAGAUUUACCAACAAAAAAACGAAAGAAAGACAUAGAAGAAAGCACAGAAUCAGGGGUUGAAGAUAUGGAAAUCUCAACUAAAAGUAUAUUGGAGGGAGCUCAAACUCGAAAUGAUCCUGAUGUUCUGAGGAUCACUACAUCAAAGCAUAUCUCAAGCACUGACUAA